GAAGUGGAAGUGCAGAGACAGAUCAGAAGGCAAAUGUGUGUGUUCUGUUGUCUUCUGCAGAAUAAAUAAGUGCUGGGAAAAUCCACCAUCUGAGCCGACUUCUUCCAUGCCCGUUCCACAUCUGUAACAUCUGCUCUGAACCUCUUUCAUCACCUGCUGUUGGUGCAUUCGUGAGAGCAGUGGUGUCUUUCCGCCAGUAGGGGACACUGGAGCAGCUGUGAAGCUUCGCAGGGACCGCUGGAAGAAAGCGUAGAAGAAGAAGUCCGUUUGUAGCGGCAAUGAAAGAACAGCGUGCCAUUUCCAAUUUAAGCAAAACAUAAGGAACGAUUACUUUCGCGAUAAUAACUAUCGAGGCACAUUACUAGCAUCAACCGAUUCGUAGAAGAGACGAUAAGGACUCUGUUGGAAAGAUGUCGCUGGUUUGUUCAAUCUCCAACGAGGUGCCGGAGCACCCGUGCGUGUCCCCGGUGUCCAGCCAGGUGUUCGAGCGGAGGCUGAUCGAAAAGUACAUCGCUGAGAAUGGGACCGACCCGAUGAACGGACAGCCGCUGUCUGAGGAGCAGCUCGUAGAUAUCAAAGUGUCCCAUCCUAUUAGACCAAAGGCUCCAUCAGCAACAAGCAUUCCUGCCAUUCUCAAGUCACUCCAAGAUGAAUGGGACGCUGUUAUGCUUCACAGCUUCAACCUGCGGCAACAGCUGCAGACUACUCGCCAAGAACUGUCCCACGCGCUUUACCAACAUGAUGCUGCCUGCAGAGUCAUCGCUCGACUCACCAAAGAGGUCACUGCUGCCAGAGAAGCUCUUGCCACACUCAAACCCCAGGCUGGAUUGGUUGCCCCUCAGGCACUCCCCACCUCCCAGCCAGCUGCAGUUGGUUCUGGCGGAGAGCCCAUGGAGAUUAGUGAACAGGUGGGAAUGACCUCGGAGAUCAUCCAAAAGCUUCAAGACAAAGCUACUAUCCUCACCACAGAAAGAAAGAAGAGAGGAAAAACUGUCCCAGAGGAGCUCGUUAGAUCUGAGGAUCUUGGCAAAUACCGCCAAGUGGCCUCUCAUGCUGGUCUUCAUAGUGCCAGUGUCCCUGGUAUUCUGGCUCUGGAUCUGUGUCCCUCAGACACCAACAAAGUUCUCACCGGUGGAGCUGAUAAGAACGUGGUGGUGUUUGACAAGAGUGAAGAACAGAUUGUCGCAACACUUAAGGGUCACACCAAGAAGGUCACCUCUGUCAUUUACCAUCCAUCUCAGUCUGUGGUUUUCUCUGCAUCUCCAGACAGCACCAUCCGCGUGUGGUCUGUCGCCGGGGGAAACUGUGUCCAGGUGGUGCGUGCCCACGAGGCAGGUGUCACCGGGCUCUCCCUACAUGCUACUGGAGACUACCUGCUCAGCUCCUCUGAGGAUCAGUCCUGGGCCUUUUCUGAUAUCGAGACUGGUCGAGUCCUCACCAAAGUUACUGAUGAAAGUGCUAGCUGUGCUCUCACCUGUGCUCAGUUUCACCCUGAUGGUCUCAUUUUUGGCACUGGGACAGCUGAUUCCCAAAUCAAGAUCUGGGAUCUGAAAGAGCGCACUAACGUGGCCAACUUCCCAGGCCACUCUGGCCCUGUCACCUCCAUUGCUUUCUCUGAGAAUGGAUAUUAUCUGGCUACAGGUGCCCAGGAUAGCUCCCUGAAACUGUGGGAUCUGAGGAAACUGAAGAACUUCAAGACCAUCACUCUGGACAACAACUAUGAGGUAAAGUCCCUCGUGUUUGACCAGAGCGGAACCUACCUGGCUGUUGGAGGGUCUGACAUCCGUGUCUACAUCUGCAAACAGUGGUCCGAGGUCCUCAACUUCACAAACCAUUCAGGAUUGGUGACUGGAGUGGCCUUUGGAGAGAACGCUCAGUUCCUGACCUCGGCAGGAAUGGAUAGAAGUCUCAAAUUUUACAGUUUGUAGAAAAUGCUAAAUUCAGGAUGAUGAGAGGAGAAUAAAAUGGUCCCUUUGUCUGAGCAGUCACUA